GCCCAGGGCGCCGUGCGGGGAGGCCGGGCCAGAUCCGGGGACCGCUGCCCCGAGGGGAACCUUUCCCUCCUGCCCCGCCCGGGACAGCAGCGGCCCGGGCGGCUGCCAUGGACUCCGGCAGCGAGACCCACGAGCUCAACGGGACGGCGGAGGGCACGGAGUCCGCGGCCGAGGAGCAGCGCAGAACGUGGCAGUGGUUCCAAAGGAACAGACCCAUCAACAUCAACCACUACGCCAACAAGAAGAGCGCAGCCGAGAGCAUGCUGGACAUCGCCCUGCUGAUGGCCAACGCCUCCCAGCUCAAAGCUGUCAUGGAGCAAGGGCCCUCCUUUUCCUUCUACGUCCCCCUAAUCAUUCUCAUCAGCCUGUCGCUCACCCUGCAAGUUAUGGUGGGGGUGCUCCUCAUAUUCCUUGUAAAAUAUGACCUUAACAACCCUGCAAAACAUGGAAAGCUGAAUUUCCUCAACAACCUUGCAACUGGACUAGUAUUCAUUAUAGUAGUUGUGAAUAUUUUUAUCACUGCCUUUGGAGUGCAGAAACCAGUUGCUGAGUCAGCAUCAAGACAGUAAGGACCAGAGGCCUGGAGCAUUCAUUUUAGAUGCCAUUUGCAGCUGAGCCAGCUACACUGGACAUAGUGGGAAGGAAAAACAAUUUGAAGAAGCUGAACACACCAAGCAGCUUUCUUAAGCUUCCAACACACUUGUAUACCUGAAAUUUUCCCAUGUCUUAAUAUAUAACUGUUUGGCAUCUCAGAAAAGGUUGAUAUUCCCCCAAGGAUACUGUUUUUCUGGAAUACUGGCAUUUCAAUUUCUGAAGAAAUUUAAUUUUUUUUUCAGAGAAGUACCAUAAACUCAUGAAACAAGGAAAUAUCAUCUGGUAGCACUUCACAGGACUUUUCUUUUUAAAUGCCUUUGGUUUUUGUGGCAAUUUGUCAUUUCCACCAUUGUAAGAAAUGUCAGGCCUUUGAUUCUGACAUGGUUACAUUUUCCUUUAUUUCACAGCUUAGCACCAACUCCUUGUACUCUGUAGCCCAGCAGAGCUCUUCUCUUGCAGCACGUUAAGGUAGCUAUGCCUUGUUUUUCUUUUUUUUUCCACUCUAGCUAAAGCAAAGAUGAGACAAAGAGAAACAAGCAGCAUUCUGUUCACAGGUAAUCAUUUGUAUUCUUUCUUCUGGACACACUUGAAAUUUCCUGUCCUUCAUGCACAGACACAAAUAACCUAAUCGUUAAUGGUUUCUUUCCAUGAA